UCAAUGUGACGGAAGCCAACUUCUAUUGCUGUCUUGACAGCUUCCUCGCACUUGCUUUUUUGGCUCUGCCAGUUUAAAAGGCCAUGGAGGAACUAGUGGAUGAUGGUCUGGUGAAAUCUAUUGGGAUUUCUAAUUUUAAUCGUGAACAGAUAGAAAGGCUUUUGAAUAAACCAGGAUUAAAAUACAAACCAGUGAAUAUCCAGAUUGAGAGCCAUCCAUACUUGCCUCAGGAAGAGCUGAUUAAUUUCUGCAAGGCCAAAGGGAUUUCUGUCACAGCGUAUUGUCCUCUCGGAGCUCCCAACUGGCCGUGGUCCAAAUCUGAGGCUGCUUCUGUGCUGGAUGACCCCCUAGUUAAAAAUAUUGCAGACAAACAUAACAGAACAACAGCUCAAAUACUAAUUCGUCUCCAGAUAGAAAGAAAUGUGAGUGUAAUCCCAAAGUCAGUUACUCCACAUCGCAUUAAAGAGAAUUUUGAGGUGCAGACUCCAUAA